AUGAAUAAACAUAACAUAUCUUUGAAUUCUCUCUUGUUUCUGUAAUUAUGGAAGAAAUAUGUAUGUCGUGUUUGGUAGAGGCUUUCAGUUGGAUGCUCGCGCAACGUUUGAGAGCGAUUGAUUAGACUGGGAAGGAACCUCGGGAGAGAAGGGAAACACUAAGAGAUGGAUCAGGAACGAGCUUGGAUAAGAGGGCGCCUGGCUUGGAGUAAUGAGAGUUUGGCUACUCCGCUGAGAGAAGGGGUCAGCCAGCCCCAGAGACGGAUGCACCACUCCGGUCCUCCUUCUCUCAAGUUCAAGCAUAAUAGGCCAGCUUGGGAUGAUAGUGUCCACGAUCUGACAUCAAUGAGACUAACACCAACUGAGCUAGCGCGUAAGCUUGCAUCACGACAGUCAUCCAACUUGGUCCUGGCACGAGCCCAGUUGUUGGAGCAGAGCCGACGGCCAGGGGUGCACAGCCCUAACCUUCCACCGUCUCUUGCUGCUAGACUUCAAGCUGCAAGGCAACAGAGCGUCGAGUCCAUCUUAGCACAAUCCAGCGCUACUCUUCUUACGUCACAGAAAGUGCGACAGGCUGAGUCAAAAUCAAUGCACGAUUUAGACUUGAGGCGUAAUCAGGAACCUGAUGGAGCAGAAGACCCAAGCCAAGCCAGCAGUCACAUGCAAAAUGAAAAAUCAAGAAGGACGCCACCUGUAGACCACCAGGUUGAUAAGACAGAGAGUAAGCUGAAACUCUUGACUGAGAGCAUGAAGGAAAACAGCUAUAGCUAUUCAGUGCCAAAGGGAGCCAAAGAGAAAGAGGGAAUGGCACAGGGAGCAACGGCCACAACCAAGCCGGGAUUAGAUGAUAAGAGAGGAAUUGAUCCGACACACGGAGCUUCAACACGAACAAGCCUUGACCACACAAUUACAAUGGUGGUGAACACGUGUCGUGAACUGUGGCAGCAGUUGGAGGAGGAACGCCUUACAAGGGAGCGCUUAACACAACAGCUACAACAGCAAGGAAAUGUCAUUACAACGUUGACAACUGAAUUGCUUCAGAUACAAGAGCAACAAGAGUCAAUUCUUCGUGAGGUCAGUGACGCUCGAGCCUCGGGUCUCUGGGGAUUUGAGGGUGACCUCAGUGGGGGGAGCAGUGGCAGUACUGAAGGCGAUGAUAUUGGCAGCAGUCAUUCUCUCAGUGGAAAGGUGGUGGGAGGCCGCCCCAGUUCACAGACUGUCAGCAGCCGACACCCGCAGAGAUCCAUUCUGAGAGCUACCAGAACCAUCCACACACCUCACCUACGCCAGCAGUCCCCCAUGUACUCAACCAUGCAACAUUCAUCAAGAAGUCAUCAGUCCAGUCCCCUCAUGGGUCUGUCCCACCAAGCCCCACACUCCCCGCGACCCCACCAAGCUUCUCCUAGACCCCACCGUUCCCCCUCGCCACAGUCAACCCUCUCCAUUGACCGCUCAGAGUCAUGGAGUCACAUAGGAUACAGAAGUUCAGUAUCAAGGCAAAUCAGGGAUGCGCUCACCAACAGCCAAAACAUAACUCCGAAGUCUGAGAUUAGCAAAUCCCACAUGAGCUUUAGCAAAGUGUCUGAUGAUGGUACUCUGGGCAGCAAGCAGUUAGAAAAGGAGAAGAAACACACAGGAGAGAGGCAGUCAAUUCCAGUCUCCAAUAAAGAGAAUGAUGUCCAGUCAGCUUUAGAAGCAAAUGCUAUGGAUUCCACCAUAUCUGACUUAGCAGAAAAGAAGUAAGAAGUAGCUUGCAGAAUCUUCAUCUUGAAUUUUUGCUUGAAAUACAUCAUGUUGAUUCAAAAUGUUCAUACCUAUUUAUGUGAGAUUGGAUAUAUCAACAAAAAGCACUCACAGGAAAACAUGCACAUGUACACAAGCACACACUCAUGCCCCUCUCUCUCUCU